GUUUGUUUGUAGAUAGUGUUAUCAAAGUUCUAAAAAAUUAUCACUAGUUUUUAAAAAAUAGGAAAGGAGAAUGUCGCUCACCCAAUCACUAACUUUUUAGUUUUUAAACAAAAGUUCACUGUCAUUCUCAAAUAUGGCCGUCAUCUCAACAAGUUUUCGAUGGCUUGAUUUUUUAGAGAAAGAAUUCGAUCAAGCGUUUGUAGACCUAGAUGUUUUGCUUGGAGAUUUUGACAGUGAUGAUCCGGGUAUGGUUUACACAGUACGCCAGAAAUUAGCAACUUUGAGUUCCUGCUUUGCUCAGCUAUCGCAUAAAGCACAAACAAUUUUUCAAAUGAAUGCAAAAUCUGAGGCAGAGCUGAUCAAUCUCCGAGAGGAGAUAGUUGAAGCAAAAUCGCAAAACGACAAUCUAAAUCGUGAGCUGCAUUUGCUCCUGGUGCAGCUGCAUACAUCUCAGCUGGGUAAAUUGGACGAGGAUAACUCCGCUGUAAUUAAACAAAGACUAGAGGAUGAUUUGGCUCAUCGAUCUCCAACUCAUAGAGCUCUUAUUACAGGAGGAAAUGUUGAUAACAUCGUGAUAGCUUUAGAAAAUUGGAAGCGGCAUCUACUAGCAGAAAACGCUGCCCUAAGGAAUUGUAUAGUGACUCUUCAAGCUGAACUGUGUGGUUCCAGGCUUGCAGCUCGCUAUUUGGACAAAGAACUCGCUGGAAGAAUUCAACAACUCCAACUCCUUGGUCGAUCUGAUAUGAAUACAGAAUGCAGAGAUAAAUUAUGGAGACAGUUAGAGGCAGAAAUCUUACUGCAGCGACAUAAAACUGUGCAAAGGGCUGUUCGUCAACAAACUGUAAACACAGCGCAGCCACCAACAAGCAUAACGAAUGUGGUCCGGACAGUCAUGCUUAAACGAGAGGCAUUCACUGAACUUGGCAUUUCAAUUACUGGAGGCAAAGAGCACGGCGUUCCAAUCCUUAUAUCAGAGCUGGAGCCAAAAAUCGCCCAAGGCCUGUAUGUCGGAGAUGCAAUCAUUAGUGUGAACGGAACAAGCCUGGCUCAAAUGACUCACCAGCAAGCAGUUGAUUUGCUAAACAAGCAAGUUGGCACGAUUAAGCUCUGUGUUCAGUAUCUCAGCAGUUCCGAUUGUGACGAUGACUAUAAUGAGCCUUCGAAUGACAGCGAAUUGAAGCGUUUCAGGUAUGGUUACUUCAGUGAAGAAGAUGAGGAAAAAAUUGAAGCAUACGUCCGCAGGAUUACGUCCACCACACCAACUGCACCAAGAACUCCUGAAACAGACAGAAGUGUUUCAGAAAACAAUGCAGCAGAUGAAUCUGUCAUUGAACAAUCAAUAAACCGUGAAGACAGUAGCAAUUCAUCAAAAAAUUCCCACAGCACUGAUUAUUAUGGAGUAACAACUCUUCAAAAAAUAUUUCAAAGUCUCUCUCCAAGAGUACAAAUAGGUGAAGCAAUGAACAAAUCUACUAAACCAUCAGAAACCGUUCAAAGUCCUAAAGAAUCUAGUAUAUCGAGCGUAGUUAGCUCUGAUAAGCCAAGAAACCAAAGUUCUGAAUCAAAAGAUCCCUUAAAACUGGAAACUACAAAAGUUGAAAUAGAUCUAUCAUCAAACAACACAUCAGUCAAGUCAGAAAAUUGGAUCCAAAACUCCAGCGAUAGCCCCAUUCUCACGUCUAGCUCAAUGGACUGUAUCAGUUCCGACUCGGACAACUCCAUCGAUAAGAGAUUAGCUGCUAAGCAAAUAUUUUCUAAAUCUUUCCGAGCCAAGCACAACAGUUUUGUGGAUGAAAGGAGUAAGGUCAGGCAUGAAGGCCACAACUACUUUCCCAAAGUUAAUGCUAAAAAUUGUGCGAAACAAGAAAUGAGUCGGAAGCAUUGCAGUCGCAGUUUGUCAUCAGAUGAGAUGAAUGUAAAAAAAACCAGCACACAGAUGGCAGCACCUAGCGAAACUGUUCAUGUUUACAAAUCAGGCUCCAACAAUCACCGGCAAUUAGAUCAGUCUCAAUCAGUGCCUGAAGUGCCUAGACAAAACAUUCCUGUGAAAUUAGUGGCUGCUAACGGUUCAACAAGGUCAGACUGUUGUUCUUCGAAAAGGACCUCCGUAGAAAUUUUAAGUCCUGAUGACAACAGUAAUCUGUACAGACUCGUUGAGAACAGAGACUCUGUUUGCAGUGGUAAAAGUGACAAAGUAGUUAGGCAUACUUCAAUUGAUAGUGAUAUGGCCCCAAGGAGCCGAAAAAGUAGCGACAAAAGCAGUCGAGAUGAUCUUAUGAAUCAGCUGAAAGCUGCUAGUGUCUCUAAAGAGGUCACGGAUUCUCGAUAUCUCUACAACAAUUUGGAUGAUGCUAAUAUUGGAACUCCUGUUUAAUUAUUCCUCAUUCAUCCCAUUAAUGCUCAUUUAUUCCUUAAAACAGAGCUACUCUGUUUAAAGUUCAUUUAUUUUUCUUGUUCUUCUUUUAAAUCUUUAUCGUUACAACUGAUAACUUUGUUUCAUAGAGGCGGCUUCAUUUUUGCUAUCAACUUACAUAUUCGGCUGGAACUUAAAAAGUGAAAAUACAUAGAAGGAUAAUUUUUUUCAAUUCUUAAUGACUUUACUCAUGUAAUUCCCAAGCGUAGGACAAGAUUGUUACAAGAGGAGAACAAAAAAAAAAAAAAUCAGAAUUUACCAAUCUGUAAAAAUUCUCUCAAAAGAGGCUAACAUGAUUUGUGAUAAAUCUGUGCUCCUUUACUCAAUGAUUUUCUGAUAUAAUUUUAGAGAAGAAAAUGUAUCUUUUGAAUUCAGAAAAUUCGGAUCUUCUUGGGUAAAAAUCUACCCAGAAUAGAGCUCCAUCUUUUUGGCAAAUCUUUUAAAAAAAUGAUUUGUUGACACGUUCUCUUUCCUUUUUUUAUAUUAUGUAUUUUUUAUUAUUUACUUUACUUUCAAAGGGUCAAACUUAAGUAAGGUUCUGCUCAUUAAUUUGUGUGUCAUAUCAUUUCGUAAUAAAAUAAUUAUCGAGUUGUGAUAAAGGUUGUGCGAGUCAAAGUUACCCUUAACACGACGAAAUCUUACUCAAAAUAAGAAACAAAUUGUAUGAGGAGUAAAUCUCUAAGUUGUAAUCUUUAUCAAGUUUAUUGCGUUAAUCUCCUUUUAAACUGUUCUGAAUGUUAACUUUUUUUAGCCUUUUAAUCAUGAUAAAUUAUCGGUGGUAACUUGAUGUACCUUCUACUGUCAUGACACAUUGCCUAUAAUGUGUGCAAAUGCAGAAUUUUCUGGAGAGACAGAAUAUUUUGCUUUGAUUUUUAGUGGGAACUUUGGUUCUUUUUAAGUUUCCAGUUUAAAUACUGUUUUCCUUGAACAAUUAAUGUAUGAUAUGAAAGGACCACCUCAUAUCAAUGGUGAAAUUGCAAACAUGCGUACCGAUCUUUGUUGCAGUGUUUCAUAAUCUCCACCCCUAUUUCAUUUUUUUUUUUAUGAUAACUGAACAAACAUCAUCACUUCGAAUUUUCAUAGAAUAUCUUUCACGUACCAGAGAUGGAAAAUUAUUCGAUAGUUUUCCUUGAAGCAAAUAAAGUAUGAAAGGAAGUCUGCAAUGCUGCAACGGAGAAUGUAUUUCUGCAGUUUUACCGUUGACAUACUUUUUACAAUCUACAUUGAUGUAUGGUCUUAUCCCAACAUUCUGUUUUUGAAAACGACUCAAUCACCAGUGAGUGUCAAUAAUUUUAAGUUUAUUCAAUAUCAAAAUUGCCAAAGAUUUUCAUCUACAAUGUGGAUGCAAUCGAAAUUUUCAAGUUUGUCGCAUUGACUCCUCAGCCACACGAAUGAGCAGCUGUAAUUUUUUAGAGAAGAAAUCUUUCCUCUCAAAUUGGGUUUUGAAUGAGCGUUUUCUCAUGAUUCUAUUCUGUAAUAAAUUCAUAUAAAUUUGCUUUGCUGCAACAGAAAUUUCCGCUCUGCUGAGGACCGAAUUUCAUUGAGAGUUAUGGUCCAUUUAAAAGAGAGAGGUUAGACGGUGAGUUCUAUCCAUCACACUUAGUGCUGACUGUCAGCAUUCAUAUUGUAAUUAAUCAUUAUUUCUAGUCAGUUUUAAAUUUAAUGUGUGCAAUAAUUUUUCAUGAAAUGAUAUGGACCGAUCACUCCAACCUUCAUCUUCAAUGAGGCAUGAAAAUCCGUCAAGAAAUGGUCUUUCAUAGUGAACCAGGAAGGCUCUCCUUUAUGCUUUCACCAAACGGUGGAUUGUAAAAAAAAAAUUAAAAAAAAAAUUUAAGGAGCUAUUUACAGAUUUUUAUUAUAUUCUUUGCUCUUACUAUAUAUGAUUGUAUUUUUUAGCCUGUAUUUAUCUUUUGAAUAUUUUUUUGAUCUUCACAUUCCACAAUAAAAACCAGAUAGUCAGCAAAGCGUCAAAUUUGAAGUGAGGAAAGUUGUUGAAAAGGUCCUAUGAUUUGCAUUUAGUUUUUUUCUUUUUUUGGGCUCCAAAAAAAAAGAAUCAUUAGAUAUGGAGAACAUAUUAAUUUUAGUUCGACAUUGUUCAAAAUUUAGCUUCGAAUGUCAAGAAAAGAGAAUGCACUGUUUUAUUCUGUUCGUAUGUUUAACUAUUUUUUUGCUGUUAUACUUACCAUUCGGCUGUGACCGAAUGGCCUUGAAGGUAGAAAAAAAAUAUAUUGGUUUAACUAUUUUGUGUAGGCAACUGUGUAAGAAAAUUCAAUUAAACCAAUUUAGUAUGAGCCAAAAUUUGCUAUUUGGCUCUACCUUAUUGAGAGAUUAGUUCAAUAUCAAAUUGUAUCUUCAAUGAUUAUUAAAGUGCGCGUAAAAAUACAA